AUGCGGGAACAGCGAUUGGCUGACGCGCGGCGGGGGCGGGACUUCCGGCGGCUCCGGGCCCGUCGGCACCGUCGACGCCGCGGGCGCGGAGCUCCGGGAGGGGCGUUCCCAUGUCCCCGCGCCGUGAGGGCGACUCCGGUGGAACCUGAGCCGGGGCGCGAGGGCCGCGUGGACCUCGAGGACGUAGCCGUGUACUUCUCCCAGGAGGAGUGGGAGCUCCUGGAUGAGGCUCAGAGACUCCUGUACGGCCACGUGAUGCUGGAGAACAUCACACUCCUGUCCUCCGUACGUCGCUGGCAGCGAGCCCAAGAUCAGGUGGCACUUUCAGACGAAGGCGGCGUGUUGCAGACCCAGUCUCCGAGGCCAGGUCUGUGCACGCAGGCCUGCGACAUGUGUGGGCCGCUGCUGAAAGACAUCCUGCACCUGGCCGAGCAGGAUGGAACCCGCCUUGAGCGGGAGGUGUGCGCACGGGCGACGAGCCCUUCCCGGGGCCAGAAGGAGCGGAGUAGGAAAGAGCCACCCGGGAGGGAUGACCAGCGGCCCUCGUUUGUGACCUCGUGUGGUGUUCGCAUGGGAGAGGCGGCCUUGACGUGCAGGGAGCCGGGGGAAGACUUCCCAGCCCAGUCCGGGCCUCCCCAGCACCCGAACCCUGACGGGAAAGGGCGGCCCCGUGGGGACACGGGCCAGGGGCCCAGCUGCGGGGGGACAGAGUGACUGCGGGCGCCGUGUGAGUGGGAAGGCUGCCGGCCAGGAG